AUGCUACACGUGUGUCAAGCCAUCACAGUAGUGCUACACGUGUGUCAAGCCAUCAUUGUCGUGUUACACGUGUGUCAGGCCAUCAAAGUCGUGUUACACGUGUGUCAGGCCAUCACAGACGUGCUACACGUGUGUCAGGCCUUCACAGUCAUGUUACACGUGUGUCAGGCCAUCACAGUCGUGCUACACGUGUGUCAGGCCAUCAUAGUCAUGUUACACGUGUGUCAGGCCAUCAUAGUCGUGUUACACGUGUGUCAGACCAUCACAGACGUGCUACACGUGUGUCAGGCCUUUACAGUCGUGUUACACGUGUGUCAGGCCAUCACAGUCGUGCUACACGUGUGCCAGGCCAUCAUAGUCGUGUUGCACGUGUGUCAGGCCAUCACAGACGUGCUACACGUGUGUCAGGCCUUCACAGACGUGCUACACGUGUGUUAG